UAAGAUUAGGCCUGACUAAAGCACUUACGCUGAAAACGAGUGAAAACGUUGUGCAGUUUGACAUUAAAUUUUAGGGAAAUUUCUUCUUACUUCUGAUCUCAAACUAUCUUACGAUGGAUUCGGACAAAGACGAAAAGGAAGAUUUUGAGAUCACGGACUAUGAUCUACUUAAUGAAUUCAACGUUGACAGACCGACAAGGCGAAUGACAAAGGCGCAAGCAAUUUAUGGUGUUUGGGCUGACAGUGAUGAUGAGACAGACGAAAGACAAGGGUUUGGUACGACCGGUCAACGUAGCAAACGAGACUUGAACUUCAUUAGUUCAGAAAUCCGAGGUGGAGAACAGAAAAAAGAUGACAAGCAGGAUGACAAAGCCUCCUCCAUCUCAUAUCAGCUGCCCCUGCGACCCGAGGGGUCAUCCAAAGGUCAAAGUUCAAAGGUCAUGACCAAUGCUCAGAAGUCGCACGCCAGUCUGAUGAAAUCUGACAAGCAGUUUGGCAACUGGCAGAAGCACACGAAGGGCAUUGGUCAAAAGCUGCUGCUUCAGAUGGGUUACAUCCCAGGCAAAGGUCUGGGGAAAGCCAACCAAGGUAUCGUCCGACCGGUGGAAGCCACCAAGCACAAGGGGAAGGGGGCCGUGGGUGCCAACGCCACGUCUCAGUACGUGGGGAGACGGGGCGGCCGGGAGCCAGAGGCUGUGGAUUCCGAAGAGGAAGAAGAUACGCAGUUUAGAGAGGAGCUUGCACGGUGGAAGAAAGGAGAGGUCACAAUGCAGAAAACCAAGUACGUCUACCGCACCGUCGAAGAGGUGAAGAAGUCAGCCCACCUCACGAAACGGAAAAAAGCCGACCCGACCGCCCGAGGCGUGAAAGUCAUAGACAUGACGGGUCCCGAGCAGCGUGUGAUGUCUGGAUACAGUCACCUGGGCAAGCAACACGAUAAGCCCACGGAGAGGUUAGAGGUCGAGGGUAUGGAAGGGAAGAAGUCAGCGUUUGAGAUGCCGGAGUUGGAACAUAAUCUUCAGCUUCUGGUGGAGAUGGCCGAGCAGCAGAUCAUUCAGCAUGACAGACAAUUACACCAUGAAGAGGACAUGGUCGUCAACCUCCAACACGAGCAGGGCAAACUGCGAGCUGUCUUGAACCAGGAAGAGAGACAGAUCUCCCACCUCGAGAAGAUCAUGGAGAUCGUCGAGCAGUGCGAGGAACGGUCCAAGCCGGGAUGCCCGAACCCCUUAUCCUUGGAGGAGUAUGAGGACAUCUUUAAGACGUUACAGACCGACUAUCGGGAGGAGUACAGAGCCUUUGAGUUGUCGCAGCUUGCCACAGUGAACGUAUUACCCUUGAUAAAGAAAGAACUGACGUCUUGGGACGCACUCAGAGACAGCAACAAACAUGUAGACCUCUUCAAGAAGUGGAAAGACAUGCUAGACUCCGACGACAGCCGCUUCUUACUUCCCAACGGCAAGACCAUGACAGUGUAUGAGAGAUUAUCAUGGGAAAUCUGGAUGCCGCAGUUCAGACGGGCCAUCACCAACUGGAAUAUGAGGGAAUGUGACCCAAUCAUCGACCUUCUUGAGAACUGGCUGCCCCUGCUACCUCAGUGGCUUCUCAACAACAUCUUAGAUCAGCUGAUCUACCCGAGACUUCAAGAAACUGUGGAUGAAUGGAACCCACUGACUGACAUCAUCCCGAUACAUGCCUGGCUACACCCGUGGCUGCCUCUGAUGGGUGAUAAGUUGGAGCCCUUGUACAUUCCCAUUCGUCAGAAGCUUGCCAGGGCGCUAAGCAACUGGCAUCCCAGUGACUCCUCCGCUAAGACCAUCUUGAUUCCCUGGAGAAGGGUCUUCUCUCGGGGGACGUUUGAAGCCUUCCUGGUCAGGAACAUUGUCCCUAAGCUGGCUGUUUGCUUGCAGGAGUUUGUGAUCAACCCCUACGACCAGCAUCUUGAGCCCUACCGAUGGGUGAUUGACUGGGAGGAGUUACUACCGACCCCGACCCUGGCCAGUCUGUUUGAGAAACACUUCCUGCCCAAGUGGCUGCAGGUCUUGUGUUCCUGGCUGGGGAACAACCCUGACUACGAGGAAGUCAGUAAAUGGUAUCUGGGCUGGAAAGGACUUCUGCCUGAACGGAUACGAGAGGAGCCGGCCGUCAAAGUGUACUUGAAGGAUGCACUAGAUGUCAUGAACCAAGCAGUCUCGGGUUCACAUCCCGUCAGAGAAGCCGACAGCAUGGCUUACGUCAACAGCCUACGUCAGCAGAGGGAAGCAACCAGCAGCAACAGAUGGGAACCAGAGCCACAGCAGGCAAGACAGACAAGUGUCCCAACUAUAUCUGUGCCCACCAACUUCAGGGACCUGGUCGAAAAGAAGGCAUCAGAGAACAACCUCGUCUUCCUUCCCACCAACCGCCGACACGAAGGCAAGAACGUCUACAUGCUGGGCCCACUCAAUAUCUACAUAGAACGAUCCGUGGUUUACGUACACCAAGGACAUGUAUGGACGCCCAUGGGGUUACAGACAGCCAUUGAAUUGGCUCAAAAUAUGGCUUAAGUUAGGGGAAGCCGUUAUGUGAGCUAUGGACUUUUUGCGCAAGUACCCUGCAUGGAGGCACAGAGAUGUGACAAACACUUGAAUGCUGUUUAUGCCAAACUACCGUUUUCAUCUGGACAUUCAGAUUAAAAGUUGUGUGUUGUGUGCAUGCAUUGAGCCACCCACAGUGGAGACCACACAGAGUUUUCACACAUUACCAUCUACAAUAACCGUAGCUGUUAUCAAAGUCUGUUAACUUUGCAAUCCUCUCCGUUAGGCUUGUGCGACAUUGGAUUUUGAGGGUCGACGGUAUACUGUCACCAAAAUGGUAUACCGUCACCAAAAUAUCGCGGUAUUCGGUAUUAUCAGGUACUUUUCUGGGUAGACUAUUACGUUAUCGAAAUACAAGAAGAUACACGAUGAUAUGGAAACUGCAAACAGGCAGCAUGGGCUAGCUGGACUAGUCGGCAGAAUCUGGAUACGGUGACCACAAGGAAUUUAAACCGUUAUCAGUCCAGUGCAGACCUGGCCAAGUUGUUUCUGUCACCUUUAUUUUGAAAGUGUUUUUGCACACAUCUGGCCACAUUCAAACGUAGGAACUGCGGUAAUGAAAUUCCAUACCGAGGUCGUCGAUUUUCUGUAUGGCAACAUAAUUCAGUUUUGUUCAAAAAAAUAUCGUCACUUCACGUUAUUAUUGAAAUAUAGCCCAAGCCUACUCUCCGUCUGUUGCAUGUUAAUCCUCAGCAACUGACUAGAUGUAAUUUAAUACAAAUAUUACAUGGUUCUCUGCCGUUUAACAGAAUGGCUAGUUUACAACUUGCUAUAGGUGAGGGGUUGUA